AUGGCAGUGACAACCGUGAAGAAAUCCAUAUCUGAAAUUAUUGAAUCAAAUUCGUCUGGAAAGUUUAUGGUUGUUGCUAAAAUCGAGGCCAUUGAUUUGGAUAAUUCAUGGUACUACACGGCCUGCAAAGUUUGCACAAGAAAAAUGGAUAGACAAUUAAAUGGUAUUGAGGGAGAGAAUCAAAAUAUUCACCAGAACCCUCAAUACAAUUGCAAAAGAUGUAGAAAUGAUUUUGAUAAUGGUAUUAACUGCGAUGAAUCAAAUGUUGAAGCCAAGUUUGUGCUUUUCAACAAUAUCGCGGAGAAGCUAAUUAGAAGACCUACGUUUCAGUUGGUCGAAGAGGCUCCUCAGCCAUCGGAGCCUAAACCUGGAUUAACACAGCAAGCUAGAUCUGCGAGAAAGGAAAUACUGAAUAACAAAAGAACAAUAGGCCUUACUACCACAAAUAGAGCAAGGCCAGGUUCGAACAUUACAGGACCAUCGAGUUCUGGUCUUCCACCAUUGUUUGAAACAGAUUCAAAUCCUGAAGCUACUCAGUGUCCAAACCAAAACAAAACAAAUGAAUUCAUUCCUCCACCAAGGUUCAUCGUACAGGACCAUCCUGAAGCUUAUAAUAAUCGAUAUAAAAUGGAGAGUGAGUCUGAAAAUGAAGAUGAAUAUGACGACAAUCAGACUUACAGUGGCUAUCCUGGUGGAGAGUCUUUGAUAAACCCAUCACCACAACAUAUCCCACAACAAGAAAAUCAUACCGUUACUUCAUCUAUUACUAUCAGGUCUGACGGAGCUAGCUCUAAGAAACUAAGAGAACCACUUGUUCUUCUUCUGCAGAAUAUGUUAGAUCAGUAUAAUCCUCAUGUUAAGGCUUUUAGGUCUGCAAGAGAUAGGUUCGACGUGGAAGGAUCAACAGGUUAUAGGAUGAGGUUGAUUGAAAGUCGGCAAUCUGAUGGACGGACCCAUAAUCUGCCCACUGCAAAUGAAGUUGCUGCUUUGAUACCUGGAGAUUUUGUUUUAAAUAUGGAUCCCCGAGAUAUUGUUCUAGAGAGUACAAGUGGAAAGUUGCAAAGGAUAAGUGAAUUACAUCCGGCGUAUUUGCCUCUGCAGUAUCCACUAUUGUUUCCAUAUGGAGAGGAUGGUUUUCGAUUAAAUAUUCCAAUUGGUUUUGAAGACACGGCUGGGAGAGAACGUAAAAAUGUAACUAUGCGUGAAUACUUUGCAUUUCGCAUUUUAGAGAAGAAGGGGGAAGCACCCACGAUUACGAGAUCAGGAAGAUUGUUUCAUCAGUUCCUUGUGAACGCCUACACAAUGAUAGAAUCGAGUAGACUGCGUUACUUAUGGCUGAAUCAGAAAAAACUCCGGUCAGUUAGUUAUGAUGCAAUCCAGAAAGCAGCUGCAAAAGGCGGAGCUAAGAUGGCUGAGCAAGGGAGCCGAAUUUUCAUCCCAGCAACUUUCACCGGAGGAAAACGUUAUAUGAAGCAACAUUACUACGAUGCCAUGGCUCUGUGCAAGUACUAUGGAUUUCCAGAUCUUUUCAUCACUUUUACGUGCAAUCCAAAAUUGCCUGAAGUUACAAGGUAUCUGAAAAAAUAUAACCUUACCACCGAAGACAGGCCUGAAAUAUUGUGUAGAGUUUUCAAGAUGAAACUUGAUAAUCUUAUUGAGUUUUUGACAAAAAAGGACGGCUCCUUAUUUGGCCCAGUUUCUGCAGUAAUGUACACGAUUGAGUUUCAGAAAAGAGGAAUGCCACACGUUCAUAUUCUCGUCUUCAUGCAAAAUGGAGCCAAAUUUCCAACAGCUGAUCAUAUAGACACUAUUAUAUCGGCUGAGAUACCUGACAAGACGGUAGAUCCAGACCUGUAUGCAAUCGUUGGGGAUUGUAUGAUGCAUGGUCCUUGCGGUCCAGCAAAGAAGGAUAAUGUAUGUAUGGUUAACAGUAAAUGUUCUAAGAUGUUUCCGAAACGACUGAACAUCAGGACAUCGAUUGACGCAAAUGGAUUUCCAGCUUACAUGCGUCGUAUUGAUGGUAGGUUCAUUGAGAAAAAUGGAAUCAGAUUAGACAAUGGAUAUGUUGUACCUUACAAUAGAAACCUCAUGCUUCGAUAUCACGCGCAUAUGAAUGUCGAGUGGUGCAUCCAAACGCGUGCUGUUAAGUAUCUUUUCAAAUAUAUCCAUAAGGGACCUGAUUAUGCUUCAGCUGCAAUGGAUAAAGAAGAUGAAGAUGGCGUCAUCGACGAAAUCAAAACAUAUUACGACUGCAUAGGGCCGAAAUCGUACGAGGAUAUAAGAACAGUUGAUGGUGUUGUAUAUUCUACAUACGAAGAUGCUUGCUAUGCUUUGGGUUUGAUGGAUGAUGACAAGGAAUACAUAGAAGCAAUCAAAGAUUGUAGUGAUAAUAGUUCUGGCACGUAUGCGAGGAAGCUUUUUUCGAGAAUGUUGGUAUCCAAAACAUUAUCUCAGCCUCAUGUUGUGUGGGAAGCUACUUGGGAGUAUCUAACCGACGAUAUUCUCUACAAGAAACGACGACAAACUGGAAAUCCCGAGUUGAACUUGACCAUAGAUCAGAUCAAAAACAUUGCUCUAACCGAGAUCCAAAAUCAUUUGCUUAGCAAUGGUCGUAGCCUCCAGAAAUGGCUCCUAAUGCCAAAGCCAGAUGAUUUUGGUUGUUACAACGGCAAUCGCCUUAUAGAUGAUGAGCUUAAGUAUGUUGUGGAAGAUCAGCUAAAAGAAAAUGAAAGACUUAUGGCGAUGAUAACAGAUGAGCAAAGAGGGGUUUACAACAAGAUUUUGGAUGCAGUUUUAAAUGAUAGCGGUGGAGUGUUCUUUCUUUAUGGUUAUGGAGGCACAGGUAAAACCUUCGUAUAUAGAGUACUCUCAUCAGCAAUCCGAUCUAGACGUAUGAUUGUUCUAAAUACCGCAUCCAGUGGAAUUGCUGCAUUAUUGUUGGAAGGAGGUAAAACCGCACAUUCCAGGUUUGGUAUUCCGAUAGAUGCCGACGAGUUUACUACUUACAAGAAAAUUGACCCAGGAUCAGAUCGUGCAGAAUUAGUUAUAGCAGCAAAGCUCAUUGUAUGGGAUGAGGCGCCUAUGAUGAGCAGACACUGUUUCGAGACUUUGGAUCGUUCUAUGCGUGAUAUUAUAAGAUCUUCUGAAGACAAACCUUUUGGAGGUAAAGUAGUUGUUUUCGGUGGAGAUUUCAGACAGAUUUUACCGGUUAUACCUGGAGAUGGUAGAGCAGAGACUGUUUUGCAAGCUCUGAAUUCGUCAUAUCUUUGGGAGCACUGCAAAGUUUUGAAGCUAACAAAAAACAUGAGAUUGCUCGCUGGUCUUACUGAUGAUGCAGCAAAAGACCUUCAAUCCUUCUCAAAAUGGAUUUUGGAUGUUGGAGAUGGAAAAAUAAAUUUGCCAAACGACGGUCAAGUUGACAUUGACAUCCCUUCUGAUCUGUUGAUCAAAAAUAUUGGAGAAGAUCCUAUUCAGACUAUUGCAAAGGAGUUGCUAGGUGAAUACAAGGUUUACCUUAGCUCUAACAGUAUAAUCCCAUCCGAUGUUGAUGUAGAAGAAAAUGUUACCUAUCCAACAGAGUUUUUGAACAGUGUUAGAGUGGCAGGAAUGCCUAGACAUAAUUUGAAGCUGAAGGUUGGUGCUCCUAUUAUGUGUCUCCGUAACUUGGAUUUGGUAGAUGGCUUAUUCAAUGGUACUAGGCUAAUUUUUACUCAGUUUCUCCCCCAUGUUAUAGAAGGUAGAAUUAUAACUGGAAACAGUACUGCUGGAGACAAAGUCUGGAUUCCUAGAAUGUAUGUCAGUCCACCUGACACAAAAUUUCCCUUCAGAAUGCGUCGAAUACAGUUUCCCGUUACACUGGCUUUCGCGAUGACCAUCAACAAAAGUCAAGGUCAAACACUAGAAAGUGUUGGUUUGUUUUUGCCUAGGCCAGUGUUCUCUCAUGGUCAGCUCUACGUUGCACUUUCAAGAGUUAAGUCGAGAUGGAUUAAAAUCCUAAUAACUGGUAAAGAAAGGAAGGUCGAGACAAAAACAUUGAAUGUUGUCUACAAACAAGUUUUUCAAAAUAUUCCGUAG